AUGGUCGAAGAUAUCGACAUUGUGCCAUUCGGUCACCUGCCUUUCGAUUUCCAUAUUAUGGAAAAAUGGGAUCCCAAUUCACCUCUUACAAAAACCCAACAGUUUCGUGCCCUUGUUGAGUCUUGGACUCGGCUUGGAAAACCUGCCCGCAAUAAAUACCCAGACGGUGAUGACCUGCUUCCCGAGGAAAUCCCUCCACAUGUACCUCAAGAUCUUCUGUCAGAUGAAGAUCGUGCUGUGAGUGGUCAGACAACAAGAUUACUCUGGAUUCGGACAUGGUACGGGCAGAGAGAUGAUCAGGCAAGCCAGGAUACUGCUGAUGCCGAUUACAAUCGUCUCCACAUGGUCGUGUUUGGGGAUGGAGUAUUAGAAGAUGCAUGUCUAGGGCAAGAGUGUAUCUUCGACAACAAAGAAGAGUUUGGCCCUGGUAGUAUCACUAUGCCUGAUGGGGAUACUAAUUCCGAUUUCGUGGAUGGAAUCGCGUGCGGGACGCCAGGCUCUGUGCCAUCAUAUAUGAUCACGGCGCUGAUGCACAGACCAGAUAUGCUUGAUGGUCUGUCGCGUCGCGAUUGGCCUGCGGCGUGGUAUGAGGAACCAGAUGUGCUAGAAAAGUUUCAGUCUAUUAUGGUUAUUGUCGCCGAUCGCAAGGCGUGUGAAGAAGGAUGGGUGUUGCUAUUAGCUCCGAACCACAGGGGGGAGAUCCUUCCCUUCAGAAUCCGUGAAAGGGCAGCUUGGGUGUAUCAACAGAUUCUUAACUUCAUGGAGGGUCAGAACUUAGAGGAGAAUACUACGGACCCCGAUCAGGAUGUGGAAUUUUAUAUGCGUGAAAACCCCGAUGGCUGGGCUCCUGAUAGCGUUCUCUGA